AUGUCGGGACCGCCACUAUGCGUAGGCUGCCGUUGCACGACAAGAACAAGGGUGAAGCCCGAGGGCGGCAAGGUCCCCUCCGGGCAUCAGUGGUGGGACUUCAUCCUGCUGCUCAUUCUCAAGCUGUGGGAGGACAGGCAAGACGAGUCGGACGCUGCCAACAAGGCAAGGCAGCUCAAGAAGGUCAGGGCAUCGCUAGCUGAGGCAGAGAAAGCGGUGAACGAGGCUGCGACGAAGGGGCCCGCAGAGCAGGCCGCCGCCGCUGCCGCUAUGGACGCCGCGCGAGAAGCCGCCAGGAACGGGCCCAAGCCACGACAGCGCCACCCCUGCCCCGAAAACUGGCUCCCUCACAACCUGUACUGCUGGUCUCUCCUCGGGCCCCUGAGCUCUAACCCCAUCUCCGACCUCUGCAUCGGGGGGACAGGUUCUUCCUCCGCCUCGCCCGUCGCUCCUUCCACCGGUGAAGCUGGCGGAAAGGCUAGUGCCCUGGGGUCGCCCGCGGCCCUCACCGCGGUCGGCUCCAACGGCGAACACAGCCGCCGCGAGAUGGCCCACAUGAAGCGGGAGAAGCGCAAGGCCGACCGCAAGGCGGAAACCACGACCAAAUUCGAGGAGAAGAUGGGCGAGAGCAGCAAGCACAUGGAGCAGCUGGUGGGCGUGCUGUCUCAGGUCGUCGGGAGCAACAAGGGGAGCGAAAUCAGCGCAACGGCCAAAGCGCAAGCCGAUCUAUUGCAACAGCUGGAAACGAUGGCGGACGAGGACCAGGACACGAACCAGCGGGACACCCUCAGGCAGAAGCGUCGGGAAGUCCUCACCGGUGCCUUGGCCCAGCUCAGCGGGCCAACUAGCGAGGUACCGACAGGUGGGAAGAGGUCGGCGCCGGGCGUCAGGUCGAGCAGUGAGUGCGUCGACUUGGCGCGUGGUAGCAGCAACGCCGCGGGGCAUCGCUCCAGCACCGGCAGCUCGGUGGCCGGCAGCUCUACGGACAGCACACUCGGGUGCAUCGACUUGGCGCGUGGUAGCAGCGACGCCGCGGACCAUGGCUUCAGCACCGGCAGCUCGGUGGCCGGCCCCUCUAAGGGCAGCGCACUCGGAGGAGGCUCGGCAGGCGUCGUCGACAUGGACGCCACCGACGGCGUGGUACCGAGUGGGACCCACCGCUGCAUGCACGGCAUGCCGGCGCGCCGGCGCUGCGUCUCUCGGGGAGCCAACAAGGGCCAGUACUACCUCGGCUGCGCCAUGGACGACCUCGUGCAGCGCUGCGACUACCACCAGCCGUUGAACGACGCGAGUGCCGGCAACACGAGAGCCUCCGUCGGUAUCAGUGGCGUCGACACCAGUGGCGGAACGGUCGUGUGCUCGGACCACGGCCAGCCGUGUGAACUUCGGGUGUCAAGAACCCCGUCGUUGGCCGCAAAGGGGGUGAAGUUCUGCUAUUGCGCCAUUGAAGACAAGGCCAACCGGUGCGACUUUGUGCGGAGUGGGCCCGACAACGGCCCGGGCGGCACGGACAACCCGACCUACCUCGACGUACGAGCUGCCGAGAAGGACCUGGAUCUCCACCUGGGUGAGGACGAGGACUCCGCCGAUGAUGGCAAUGGUGGGACCAUUGACGUCGGUGGCAGCGACGGCGACGACGACUGUGCGCUGGACGCCUUCAAUAGGUCGCCCUCCCCAGACGCGGGUGCCGAACACACUGUUCGCCCGAAGACAGCGGUCGAGAUGAGUAUCGAUGUCUCGGGGAGUUCGCCCUUCCCGGGCGCCGGUGCCGCGCACAAUGGUCGCGAGGACAGGGGUGUCGAGACGAGCAACGGCGUCUUGGACAGUUCGCCCUCUCCCGACGCCGGUGCAGAACACACUGUUCGUAAGAGAGGUAUCGACACGAGUAACACAUUCGCCAGUCGUCUGGUCCGGCCUUGCACGGCUACCGAUCAGCCCGUCGCUGAGAGUGAAGACGAGUGCUCGUUCGACAUGCAUACACCGACAGCCGGGGCUUUCACCAGCCGUGAGCUUUUCAACGAGACACGCCCCUCGCUUGCCAGCCUGCAGAUGCGCAACGUGCACCCUACCGUUGGAUCCGGUGGUUUUGUCUCCCCGGGAACCCAGAGCAAGAUCACCGACCAUGGGAGGCGUUUCCCCCGCGGGCCUUAUGUCUCGGAGACCGCGUACAGUGGGGGUGGCGGAGCGACCUGGCCCGUAGGCGCUUCUUCGAACAACACUGGGGUGCCGCAGGACGGCGGGGGGGGCGUAACGGCAGGUGCUCCUCUCCCCGGCUUCUCCCACUUCCGCGAUGCUGGGGUCUCAGGACGUCACUCGCAGGAGACCGGCAACCGCCCACGCGACAUCUCCAGCAAUGUUCAGACAGAGUGGGUGUGAGGAAUGGUUUUAUGAAUUUGCCGUU